AUGGGCCAUCAAGCCAAAGAUAUCCAAAGCAUCGGGAUCACUAAUCAACGUGAAACCGUGAUUGUCUGGGAUUCUCAGACCGGCCAGCCUCUUUACCCCGCCAUUGUUUGGAGUGAUACCCGUACCUUGGAAACCGUGGAAUCACUGGCGGCUAAAUCUCCCAAAGGCGUCAACGCCCUGCGGGAGGUCUGUGGCCUUCAUCUGACCACGUAUUUCUCAGCGGUCAAACUUCGAUGGCUCCUGGACAAUGUCCCUGUCGUCCAAGAAGCUCAGCAGCAAAACCGCUUGCAGUUUGGCACCGUCGAUACCUGGCUCAUUUACAAUUUAACUGGAGCUACUCAAGGCGGCGUGGUAGUGACCGAUGUCACAAACGCAAGCCGAACUAUGCUGAUGGAUUUAAAGUCCCUGCAGUGGAGCGAUGAAGCCAUGAGAUUUUUCUCCUUUGACCAAAUCCAAUUGCCAAAAAUUGUGUCGUCCUCCCAGGUUUUCGGAUCCAUCAAAGAAGGCGCUCUUGCUGGUAUUCCUAUUGCUGGCUGUCUGGGUGACCAGCAGGCGGCUCUCGUCGGUCAAAAAUGUUUCCGUAAAGGCGAUGCCAAGAGCACCUACGGUACCGGUUGUUUUAUGCUGUUCAACACUGGCUCGUCGCCGGUGCUAUCAAAGAACGGUUUACUGACCUCGGUGGCCUAUCGAUUCGGUGAUGACGAACCGGCUUACUGUCUUGAAGGCUCGGUUGCCGUAGCUGGAUCUUCCAUCAACUGGUUGCGAGACAACCUUGGCCUGAUUCAGGAUGCUCAUCAGCUCAAUACCCUCGCUGCCUCUGUACCGGAUACUGCCGGUGUUUACUUUGUUACGGCCUUUGCAGGAUUGUUUGCGCCCUAUUGGCGAAGCGACGCCAGCGGUAUCUUGACCGGUAUGACCCAUUACACGAAACGCGAACACAUCUGCCGUGCUACGUUGGAAGCCGUGUGUUUCCAGACCAACGCCAUCCUGGAUGCCAUGAACAAGGACAGUGGUUCGCCUCUCACUUGCUUAAAGGUCGACGGAGGCAUGUCCAAUUCGGAUCUCUGCAUGCAAAUUCAAGCUGAUAUUUUGGGAAUUCACGUUGAACGACCUCCCAUGCGUGAAACCACCGCCUUGGGCUCGGCCAUCGCGGCGGGACUCGCCACCGGUUACUGGAAAUCCAUUGAUGAACUUGACCAGGUCAACUUUUCUGGUCGUCAAAUCUUUGAUUCCCAAAUCACCCCAAAGAAGCGCAAGCAGAUGCUCGCAGGCUGGGAAGAUGCCGUGAACCGCUCCUACGGUACAGCUGCACGCUAA